AGGCUGCGGUUGUUGUUGUUUGUUUCUUUUGUCCCGUCUUCGCUUGUCCAGCGAUAGGAUGAUUCGCCCAAUCGUUCGCACACGUCAUCCGCUACGACUGCUAGCAGCAGUGCUGGUCCUGCUGGAGCUGCUUAUCGCUCGGUCCGGUUCGGUCGCGCAGGCAGCUGCAGCUUCAGCUGUCAAGAUCAGCGCUGGCAGCGACAGUACGAUGCAGAACCUCUCGACGCACAUCCUCGACACGAGCCGCGGUAAGCCGGCACCGGAGGUGCCCAUCACGCUGUACCGCCAGCAAGCGGGCGGCCAAGCGUGGACCAAGAUCGGGGCCGGCAUCACGGACGGCGAUGGUCGGUUCCGGGAGUUCUUCGCCACCGACGGGCCACAACCCGGGCUACAGACGGGUGUGUACAAGCUGCACUUCGAGGUGGGUAGCUACUUCCGCAGCCGGAGUGUCGAAAGUUUGUACCCGUUCAUCGAGGUUGUGUUUGCCGUUGCCGAUCCCACCCAGCACUACCACAUCCCGCUGCUGCUGAACCCGUUCGGCUACUCGACCUACCGUGGAUCGUAGGGGAACGGUUAACAACCGCUGGCGAAAUGUAUAUCGGUUUUUAUCAUAAAUAAAACAUCCAAUUACAACGA